GUAAUUCUACACCGCAAACUUAAAGCACGCCCUGGUGUUUCGCCGAACAUAAUCGCGUCAGCAGCGAAACUGACAAGAUGAAAUACACCCUUCUCGCCCUGCUGACUGUCUUUGCUGUGGAUUGUGCGGUGGUCAAGAUCCCUUCCAAGCGCAAUGAGCAAAGUCAAAACACCGAUAAAAGUCCGCAGAAGUUGGAAAGUUACGAUUCUUUGGAAAACGAAAGGCGAUCGCUAAAUGAAGAGAAGAUUGGUAGUGGGUCAUCUAUACUGCAACAGAAAAGAGAAGAUGCCGUACCUCCUGUGGAUCCAGCAAGCAUGGCGCUGGAAAUAGGAGAGCAGGCUGUUAAUAAACAGUUAGAGAUCAUGCAGGAACAACAGAAAAAGGCGGCAGAAUUUGUCGACAAGAAGAUGAAAGUCAACAUUAUGCCUGACAAAGGGUGGAAAACAGAGGAUUUGUUUGUUCCUCCUGGUUUUCACAUUGACGCAGAAAUAACAGGAGAUGAUAAAAAACCUCACGGGGAAAUUGGUGUCCAGCCAUUUGCCUAUCCAAUGGGAGUUGGUGGACUCAUGAUGAAUGGGUGUUUUGGUAGAGACUAUCAGCCAGGUGAUCCGUGUUAUGCAGCUAAAAGGAAAACCACUAUUUGUCUGAAUCUUAUUGAUGGAGCUGCGUUUAUCGGAGUGGGAUUUGAUGGCCGUGGUGACUUCAGUCCAGAAUCAAGGAAGAUGAGUAUUGUACAAAGAGACUGCAAGGGUAAAGCAACGUAUGAUGAUUUUGAUGUCCCUGACACCAUGAACGUACACGGAGUUUAUGACACCAGCGCUACAAUGCAGACGUUUUAUGCUCGACGAGAGUACCAAACGUUUCUUCAACGAGAAGCGGGAAUGGCGGGCUCUGCCUUUGGUUUCUACGCUGGUGUGAAAAAGGCCUGGGGAAGCUCACUCACCAGUGGAUCACAGCAAUACAUGGCGCUCUUUGCCAUUGACAUCGACAGGUACGAAAUCUUUUUGGACGAAGUCAAACCAAGUGACCUCAGUGUGAAUUUUCUUCAGGAGUUCAUGGCUCUUCCUUUAUCCUAUUUAGCUCCUGGAGCAGCCGUCCAAUUUCAGGAUUUCAUUCUUCGUUGGGGGACGCACUACAUAAAGUCAGGAAAAUUUGGUGGCAGGCUUGACAUUUUCAAGACAAUGGAAGCUAACCAAGUCUCAAGCAAAGCGGAGUUUAGCCAAGUCAUGGAAGCCGAGUUUAGAAGCUUUUUUGCAAGUCUUCAUGCAAAGGACGAGCAAAAUGGAGGAAGUAGUCAUAAACAACAAUCAAAGACAUCUUCUACCUCCAUAUCUGUAGAAGGAGGAGACCAGCAAAUUGCUUCUCUUAUCUCAGAUGUAAACUCGCCAACGAUAAAAAAUGAAAUCAAACAAUGGCUGGAGUCAAUUCGUACUUUCCCAAAACCAUUCAAAUUUAUGGUUGCACCGAUCACAGAUCUGCUAAAGUUUAAUCCUUCAUCCCUGUUUACUGACGAAGAAAGAGAUUGGGGAUGUGAAAGACAUUCAGCCGACAUGAAGAAAGAUCCAGACACUGGGGAAAGCUAUUAUGAAAUCAAAAUCAAUGGAACGCUAACAAGGAAGAAGUGUCCAUACAAGGACCGUGACUAUCUGGUUCAUGUGAUAAACCGUAGAAGGACUAGUCUAGAAAGAGCUGUUGCAGUCUACAUGGAAGAGGGUCCCAUUUCGGUGUCAGAUAUAACUCUUCCUGCUGGACGGCCUGGUUGUCAGACUGAAAACUAUAAGUUUCAAGAAAAAUCCGGCAAGCCAACCUGGGAAGCAAUAACUAAAGACGAAGCCGCGUUCCUGAUUAUCUUCAACACGAGAAGGGAACUGUCUGGAACAUUUCGAGGCCCAGUUAAGAUAACUCCACACAUGGAAAAGUACGUGAAAUUCUUUGACAAUCAAUGGUUUGUCGGUGAUAGUCAUGACCAGAUGGACAUGACAACGGCCUGUAAUCGCGGCAGCCGAAAAAAUUUCAAAGUUUGCAUUCUCGGCUUGGUUUUGACGUAUUCUCCACAAAAUGGAUAUCUCACGCUAAAGCGAGAAGACUUCGAGACUUCAAAUGCAACAUUUCCGGGUUUGACGCCAGAUAUGAUUGGCUCGUUAAUAGCACAUGCUGAAUGGCCAGCCGACCACAUUUUUCAGAUGGAUACAGUCAUUGGCUAUCUUCCGUGCAACGUGAAAUGGUCCAAUGCCUUACGGUUUGACCCUAGUAACAAAGAAGGGAAAUGUCUUCACUUCACCGCAUCUUCGAAAGGAACUGUUUUUGUUAUAUUCGCUGCUGUUCCGAAUAACAAAGAUACAUGGUACUAUGUACAGAUUUCUACGUAUGGCGUUGGAAUAUUUAAGUCCCAAAGACUCAUGGUUUCCUCUGUUGAUGUUAACGCGGUUGGCUUGGGCGCGGAGAUUCUCUAUCAGUCCUACUUUGUUUGCGUGAAAGAGACAUCUAAAAGCACCGUAAUAGAGUAUGGGAAAAGUCAAGGGACAACAGAAUUCGGUGACGUCUACCUGACGAUGAUAGACAGAGAUAAUCCUCUGUUUGUCCGGUUCUAUUCAUUUGGGAAUGGCGAGGACCCCAUGGAGGUAGUUGAUGCACACAUUCUUUCUCGUCACCUGACCAAGGCCCACUGUAAAGGAGAUACGGUUCAUGAUAAACAAACGAACAUGUGCGUGCAAGAUUGCCACGUGUUAUGCGACCCAAACCAAGGAUGCCGAAGCACUUCAAGUGGGAAACCUCUGGCCACUGACUGUAAUGCAUGCCGAUAUGUGAAGAAUGCUGUUACUGGAGAAUGCCUUGAGAAAUGUCCGGAGGGCUGGGACAAAAAGAAUAACAACACUUGUGUCAAAAGAGCGGACCCCUGCGAGGAUGUUCAGUGUUUGAAUGGAGGAACUUGUCAAAGCGUUGACGAAAAAACGUUUAAAUGCACUUGUCUGGGAGAUUUUACAGGGGAAUACUGUGAGACUCGUAUCAGCAAAUGCAAGGCGUCCUCAUGCUACAAUGGAGGAACAUGUGAAGAUGUCAAUGAUGGAACGAUCAAGUGCAAUUGCAGGACUUGGUACAAAGGAACUUACUGCCAAACAGCUGUAGACGCUUGUAAGACAUAUUCGUGUCACAAUGGGGGAACAUGUAGAAAUCUCGGUGAUGGAAGGUUUAGCUGCAGUUGCAGAUCUGGUUACAGAGGAACAUACUGCCAAACAGCUGAGCCAAGGCCAACAUCCUUUACCAUUUGUGAAGGGAACAGAAACACCAUCAACUGCCAUGGAAAGCGAAUCAGCGUGUUAAACGCUUCCUAUGGCAGACAUGACCGCAGUACCUGCUCUCAUUCGGAAAUUUACACAACCAGUUGUCAUGCUGGCAAUUCUCUUAGCAUUGUGCGCAGCAAAUGCAACUAUCGGAGCAGCUGUACCUUGCAUGCAAGCAACUCAGUAUUUGGUGAUCCUUGUCGUGGAACACACAAAUAUCUGAAGGUCACGUACAAGUGCAUUGAUUAGGCAGUUCCGCAGCAAGUCAGCAUCUGACCCUGACAGGCAGAGUCGCCUGCUCUUACUGAGGAAACUCUUCCAUAUUUUAAGCAGCAUGCUGGGGAUUGAUAGAUCAUAAAUAGACUUAAGCUUUAUUUUACAAAUUGUAAGCGAUACUAUAGCUUAACACUAAACUAGCGAGGUGAUUUAUUCGUUUAAAGGUGUAGGGAGGCGUCCAGCUAAGAGAUUCUUCGAUAUUUUACGCAGCACGUGGGAGAUUGAUAGCCAACAAAUAGACUUAGCUCUAUUUUAUAUGUUGUUGGCAAUAGUGUAACUUAAAAACUACACUAGCUAAAUGGAUAACUUUUUGGAAGGGGUAAGAACUAAUGUAAUUGGAGGAUGUAGCCAAAGCGACAUAAAUAAAGUAUGUCAUUUCAAUUGCUGAAUGUA